UUCUCGUGGGAGGCCAACUGGUAUCCCGUCAUGCCUGUGAGCUAUGCCGACCCCGUGCGUCCCAACGGGUUCACGCUCCUCGGCAAGCACCUCGUCCUAUGGAAGAGCGCAGACGGAUGGGCAUGCGUCGAGGAUGCGUGCCCACACCGGCUAGCUCCGCUCAGCACGGGAAGAGUGACGGAGGAGGGCACGCUGAUGUGCCGCUUCCACGGCUGGCGCUUCGACGGUGCCGGUAACUGCGUCGAGGUGCCCAAUGCCGACGCUGGCGCCGCAGCCUCGCUUUGCGGGGCACCAGAGACGUGCGCUACCAGCUAUCCAGUGCAGGAGGUCUCGGGGCUGCUGUGGGUCUGGCCAGAGGCUGGGCUGGAGGGGCUCGGCCGCAGCCUGCUCGAGGAGCCGGCGGCGCUGGGGAGCGGCGCGCAGGACUGGGUGAUGACGGUGCCUCCGGUGUCGUACGAGUCCAUGGUGGAGAACUCGAUGGACCCCAGCCACGCGCCGCAUCUGCACGAGGGGACAUUCGCGGCGUCAGACAUGGUGCCGCUCACCGACUACUCGGCCCCCGCCGAGCCGCUGGGAGACGAGGGGUUUACCGUUGCGCACGGGGGCUACACGACCAAGAAUGACGGCAUGAAGGCUACGCGAACCUUCCGAUCCCCGAGCUUCGUGGAUGUGAACUACGAGCUCCCGUCGGGCAAGCAGCAGAACUUCCAGCUCUUCUUCGUCCCCUCGACGCCCUUCGAGACGCGUGUGAUCACGGGGCUGGGGCUGCCGCAGCUUCCUGCGUGGCUGCCCAAACGCGAGCUGCUGGCAGACCUCCUGCACGCAUUCUUCUUCUCGCGCAGUGCGCUGUGGCGGUUCAACGACCAGGACCGACUGGUGAUGCAAGGGCAGGACCGCAACCAGGCGGCCGAUCCGGACCGGCGGCAGGCAGCAUGGGACGUCGCGACGCCGUCGGAUACGGGCGUCUCGACCUUCCGCAAGUGGCUGGCCGAAGUUGGCGGCGGCGGUCCCUUUGCCAGCAGCGGGGCCGCGGCUUCGCUGCCCACGACACAGGAGGAAGUGAGCCGUUGGAACGUGCACGGCAAGCACUGCCCCUCUUGCAAGCGCGCGCUGGCGCUGCUCGAA